AUGUCGCUCCAGCGACGACCUUCCUUCGACAUACGACUCUCGUCGUCCGGGACAGCUGCGGUGCGGGCCGGAUUUGCAGUGGCGACUAGCCUUGCCUUGGCAAGGCUCGGCGUCGGCGUGCUCUUUGCUCGGCACGCCUGCCGUACAGUCUUCAGCCGCGAGCCGCCAGACGAAUUGUCGGCGCUCGCGUCGCUCUUGCAAGUGACACGUCCGCUCCGUAUCGCGUGGCGCCUGCUCACAGCGAGGUUCCGCACAACUCCGGAUGUUUACAUCCUGGGAGAGGUCCGAUGCGGGACGACAACGCUCGCCUCGAUGCUGCGCUCUGAGCUGGGCAUGAGUGGGCCCUUCACGCCGUGGGUGCACCCGCUCGCGGACGAGAAGGAGUCCUUCUACUUCUCGGGCCACUACUGGGGCGUCGUCGCGCCCGCCCUCUACCCGCUGGCGUUUCCUCUGCGCGUGUGGCGGUGGCUGCACCGUUGGCUGCGUGGCCGGCGGCUCUUUGUCUUUGAAGGCUGCGCCUCGUACCUCUCGUCGCCUUGGGCGCCGCGGCUCGUGGCGGCGGUGACGCCGCGGCCCGUGCUGGUCGUCUGCCUGCGCGAGCCGGUCGAGCAGCACCGCUCGUGGUGGCGCCUCGAGCAGGCUCCGCUGCAGGCAUCUCUCGCGUGGGCGGAGGAGCUGCGCCUCGGCCGCCGCUGGCUCGGCCCGCCGCACCGCACCGCCGGCUACCCGCCGAAGAGUUUCCGCGAGGCCGUGCUGCUUUCGCGCAGCGCCGUCCUCUCCGCGAUCGCCGCCAAGUGCUCCGAGCUGCACGGCGAGGGGGACGGCCUCGCCGACUGCACCGCCGCCGCCGACGGCCUCCGGGCGCCGUGCAAGAAUGCCUCGGCGCCGCUGCCCGACGAUCUCGCGCCAGACGAGCUCACGCAGUUCGAGCUCGCCGCCUACUACCGCCCUCACAACGAGCGGCUCUUUCGCGUCAUCGGGCGCGACCUCGGAUGGCACAACGACCCACACCGCUACCCAUUCUACCACCCGUCGCCGGGCGUCUCGAUUGCGAUGAGUAGGGACAGCGAGUGGGGACUCGGCACAACCCCCGGCAGCGGACCCGGCAGCCGAACGGACCUCUCCGUCUCGGCGGCUUCCGACUCGUCGCUCUGCCUUGUGGACGUGCUGUGACACUGAGUCUGACACGCGACACUCUCUUUGUUGUGUUAAGUGUAAGAGUACUCGCGCUC